UUCAGAUAUAGCAAGAAAAAAACUGAGGAUUGGUCAACCGCCGCCAGCUCCGGUGCUGACGUGGUGAUUAGGCCACUCAAUUUUCUCCACCGAUUGGGCCGUCAACGCUCCGCUACAUAUUCAAGUAUUCAGGCAAAUGUCCUCCGUCUCCGUCGAGAUGGCCACUGCUGCUGCAGCCGCGGCCUCCCCACGCCGCCCCGUCUUCCUCGGCGUCGAUGUUGGCACCGGCAGCGCCCGGGCAGGUCUGUUUGAUGAUAAUGGGAAGCUUCUAGGCUGUGCCACUAGCCCAAUACAGAUAUGGAAGGAGGGUGAUUGCAUUGAGCAAUCUUCAACAGAUAUAUGGCAUGCAGUCUGUGCGGCUGUGAAAGCAGCAUGCUCACUAGCAAAUGUUGCAGGGGAAGAAGUGACGGGUCUGGGAUUUGCAGCUACAUGUUCUCUUGUUGCUGUGGAUGCUGAUGGUUCUCCUGUUACCGUUUCUUGGAGUGGUGAUACAAGAAGAAAUGUCAUUGUAUGGAUGGAUCAUAGAGCAGUACAGCAAGCUGAAAGGAUCAAUUCCUCUAAUUCACCAGUAUUACAAUACUUUGGUGGAUCAAUUUCUCCUGAGAUGCAGCCACCAAAGCUUUUGUGGGUGAAAGAAAAUUUGCAAGAAUCUUGGUCAAUGGCAUUUAGGUGGAUGGACUUGAGUGAUUGGUUGUCAUUUAGAGCAACAGGGGAUGACACUCGGAGUUUGUGUACCACAGUGUGCAAAUGGACAUAUCUUGGUCAUGCACAUAUGCAGCAGAUCAGUGAUCACAAUUCCCGUGAUAUGGAAGCCAGCGGAUGGGAUGAUGACUUUUGGGAAGAGGUUGGCUUAGGUGAUCUUGUAGAUGGGCAUCAUGCCAAGAUAGGAAGAAGUGUAGCUUUCCCUGGCCAUCCUUUGGGUUCUGGUCUAACUCAAGCUGCUGCAAAGGAACUGGGCCUCGUAGUGGGAACUCCGGUGGGAACUUCACUGAUAGAUGCUCAUGCUGGUGGUGUUGGUGUGAUGGAAAGUGUGUCUGUGUCUGAUCUUAAAGAGAGUGAUGAGGAAGCUAUAUGCCAUCGUAUGGUGUUAGUAUGCGGAACUUCCACUUGCCAUAUGGCUGUAUCGUGCAGCAAGCUGUACAUUCCAGGCAUUUGGGGACCAUUUUGGUCAGCAAUGGUGCCAGAAUACUGGCUCACAGAGGGUGGCCAGAGUGCGACUGGUGCAUUAUUGGAUUAUGUAAUUGAGAAUCAUGUUGCUUCUCCUCACCUUGCAAAUCAUGCUGCUUCUCAAAGUGUUUCCGUGUUUGAGCUACUUAACAAGAUAUUGGAGUCAAUGAUGCAUGAUCUAAAGUCCCCUUUUGUUGGUGCUUUGACUAAAGAUGUACACAUCCUUCCUGAUUUCCAUGGAAACAGGUCUCCUAUUGCUGAUCCAAAGGCAAAAGGUAUGGUCUGUGGCUUAACACUUGACACAAGUGAGAAACAGUUGGCUCUUCUGUACCUUGCCACGGUACAGAGUAUUGCAUAUGGUACACGUCACAUAGUGGAGCACUCUAAUGCCCACGGUCACAGAAUUGACACGCUGCUGGCAUGUGGUGGACUUACAAAGAAUCUGUUGUUCAUGCAAGAGCAUGCAAAUAUCAUUGUUGUUUGUGCUUGGCCAGGUUGCCCGAUAAUUCUGCCAAGAGAGAGUGAACCUGUGCUCUUAGGUGCUGCAAUUCUUGGUGCUGUUGCUGCGAAGAAAUACUCUACUCUCCAUGAGGCCAUGAAGGCAUUGAAUGUUGCUGGUCAGGUUGUGUGUCCAUCCAAUGAUUCAAAGGUGAAGAAGUACCAUGAUGCUAAAUAUCGUAUUUUCCGUGAUCUUUAUGUGCAGCAGUUAUCUCGUCGUUCAAUUAUGGCUCAAGCUUUGGCAUAGGUUGUAGGGGGGCUGCUUUGGGAGGCUAGGAUGCCCUUUUAGAUUGAAAGAUUUUGCUGUGAAGUGAACUCUUACUGUGCUUGAUUGCAGCUAUUUUUUAUCCACUUGAAAAUUCUAAUUUCUAUUGAGCUUUCUCCUUGGAGAAGCCUCCAAUAAAGAUCACAGUUUUGCAGCCUUGCCAAA